AUGCCGCCCAGCGCCUCCACCCCGCGCUAUCCUCCGUACAACGCCUCCCGCCCCUACAACGAGUACCCCCAGCAGUACUCCCCCGCCGGCUAUCCAGACCCCAGGUAUCAGGACACCCCCCAGAGCUCCAUCCAACGCAACUACGCCCCAUUCGACGCGUACGAACCCGCAGGGGCAAACAGCAGAGCUUUUCCAGAGAACGCGUCGCACCCCUAUUACACGAACGAGCGACCCGUCUUUGACCCUGCUCUCCAGUACGGCUCUGGCCAGUAUCCCUACCAAUCAACCUCGGACGCACGACCCAGCCCUUCUCCCGCGUACGCUGCUUCUCCAUCAAAAGGUCCUUACCAGCCAGUCUCCACUAUCCCCAUCGCGUCGCCAUCACAUCCGUAUCAAUAUCAAGCGCAGGCGCAGUUGUCUCCCUACCCCAUCCAGGUUCCCUCUCAGUCAAGCUCGCGAAACGCUUGGCCAUCGAAUCCACCCUAUCCCCACACCCUUCCAUCCGAAACCGCAGCCCCUGUAAAUACAAUUGUCAACCCUGCUCCGCAGGCCACUAUUCCAUCUGCCACUCCUUCCAUUAAAAUCCGCUUUACAGCUCCCCAAGCAUCCUCGGAACCUGUCAUGGCAUCAGGUCGUUCUUCCCGGCGGGCGUCUCACACUGCCCAGGAUUCCUCUGCGUUGGAGCCCCAGAUCGCAUCUAGCACCGGGCGGCUUCAGCGCGGGUCUUCGAGGAGAGCAGCAGUGCAAGUGACGUACAAGGAGGAAGAGGACGAAGACGAGUUUGAUGAAGCGUUGGACGAGGAUGCGAACGGAGAGAUUGAUGAGGAUGCCUUUGGCGAGGAAGAGAUGCCGGUGCUUACUACGAGGUCGGGUCGGCAUCACAAGGCGCCUGUGAGGUUGGAAGAAGAAUUUGGUCAGCCUCCUGAAUCAGCUAGUCCAGAGUACGGAAGAAGAUCGUCGCGGACCAGAGGAAAGAGAAAGAUCAUCUUGGAUCCAGAUGAGGAUGAUGAAGAUGAAGAGGUGCGCCCGCCGCCCAGAAAUACUUUCCCCCCAAGAGCUACGCGAAAUUCGUUGGGCGGGGCUACAGUGGUAGAGCAGCCGAUUCAAGUUGUCAACGGUGUUUCUCUUCGUGCCACACGAAGCAGUGCGCGUGCAGCUACCCGUCGACACUCUUCAGCUGACGGCGAAGAUUUUGAGCCUGAAGGAGACUCGCCCGACGAUGAUGCUUCCAGCGACGCUCUCGGCAAUUACGAAGAUCCCGAUGAAGACGACUUUGUGGAGGAUGAUGAUGAGGAAGGCUACGGGUCCAAGCGGCGCAGCUCUAGCCGCCGGCGUCCUGCUGCUCGGUCUACUCGUGCCACCACCAUACCUACUCGACGCAGCGCCCGUUCCGCUGCCAAAGCAAGAGUCAUUACUACCGACGAAGACUCGCCUCAGAAGGGCAGGAGUCUGCGGGCGAGAACUUCCAAGGUCAACUACCAUAUCCCGACCAUGGAAGAUAUCAGCAAAGAAAUAUCUAUGCAGGAGGCUAUCGCUGCUGCAUCGAGGCCGAGUGGACGAGUUGGGGCAGGGGGCGGCUUGCGAGGCAUGGGCGUCAAGUUUGGAUUGCCUUUCAACCUUGGUGGGAAGGGUAUAUCACAGGCUAUGGGCGAUCCUGAUUCCAGUGAUUCGGACGACAUGGAAUUCGCUUCGCCGUUGAAAAGUGGGGCUGCUGGAGCGUCUAUCCCUGGUGGUGGUACCGCUGUAGCAGCCCGCGGUGCUGGUGGGCCAUCAGAUGUGCCCAACUUUGGUCGAAUCAACCCCAAAUCUAGCACUGCCGACGCCGACCCUCUUGGAGUGGAUAUGAAUGUCACAUUCGAUAAUGUCGGUGGUCUCGACAACCACAUCAACCAGUUGAAAGAAAUGGUGGCCCUGCCGUUACUCUAUCCCGAGGUCUUUCAACAAUUUGGUAUCACCCCGCCGAGAGGUGUACUGUUCCAUGGACCUCCCGGUACGGGUAAGACCUUAUUGGCGAGGGCUCUAGCUGCCUCUUGCAGUAAUGGCAAUACCAAUAUUUCUUUCUUUAUGCGCAAGGGCGCAGAUGUCCUUUCAAAAUGGGUCGGUGAAGCGGAGCGUCAACUGCGAAUGCUAUUUGAAGAAGCUCGAGCUUCUCAACCCAGCAUCAUCUUUUUCGACGAAAUAGACGGUCUCGCGCCUGUACGAAGCAGUAAACAGGAUCAGAUUCACGCCAGUCUUGUCUCCACCCUUCUCGCGCUGAUGGAUGGUAUGGACGGCCGAGGACAGGUCAUUGUCAUUGGUGCUACAAACAGGCCCGAUGCCGUUGACCCUGCUCUUCGCCGACCUGGACGAUUCGACCGAGAAUUCUACUUUCCCCUGCCCAAUCGUGAAGCUCGUAAAAAGAUCAUUGGCAUCAACACUCGAAAGUGGACCCCGCCUCUAUCGGAUGAUAUGCUCGAUCGACUGGCGGGAAUGACAAAGGGGUAUGGGGGUGCUGAUUUGAGAGCUCUGAGUACGGAGGCGGCCUUGAACGCGAUACAGAGAAGGUAUCCGCAGAUCUACAAGACAGCUGAUAGGCUGGAAUUGGAAUUGGGGACGAUCAAAGUGCAAGCCAAGGAUUUCAUGAUGUCUGUCAAGAAAAUUGUGCCAUCGUCCGCUCGAUCCACGGCCUCGCCCGCCAUUCCUCUCCCGGCCCACCUGCAUUCACUUCUGUCCUCUCCCUUGGAGCGUCUCAAGGAUGCCGUGGACUAUGUUCUCCCUCCCAAGAAGCACGCCACUGCGUUGGAAGAGGCCGAGUAUGAGGAGGAAGAUGAGGAUAGCUUUGAAAAGCACAUGAUGGUACAGGCGCUGAGCAAGUUGAGAACCUUCCGACCGAGGGUGCUCGUCCAUGGGCAGCCUGGCAUGGGUCAGACCUAUCUCGGCCCCGCGGUGCUGAACCAUCUUGAAGGCUACCACGUCCAAAGCUUGGAUUUGGGUACUUUGAUGGGUGACUCUACACGAUCUGUCGAGAAUGCCAUUGUGCAAUUGUUCGUCGAGGCGAAGCGUCACCAACCAUCCGUCAUCUUCAUCCCCUCCAUUUCACAGUGGUCUCAGACCAUUCCUGAGCUCGCUCGAUCUACUUUCGGUGCUCUCCUCAAUGAUAUCCCGCCCUCAGACCCCAUCCUGCUUUUAGCUCUUGCCGAUGGAUCGGUCGACGAUCUUCCAGGGGACGUACGAGCUUGGUUUGGUUUCGCAACCGAGAACAAAAUUCAACUCGGACUUCCUGCACCUGCCGAGCGCAAAGCCUACUUUGCCGAUCUCGUCGAGUCUGUCCGUCGGCCCCCAACAGAUUUCCCUGAUGGUGUGCCGAGAAAGAAGAGGGUCUUUGAAGUCUUGCCUCUUGCAAAGCCUCUUCCGCCUCGACAGCCCACAGAGGCGGAGAAGGCGAGAGAAGAGGAGAAGGACCAAGCGGCGAGGAACAUGAUGGUGGUCAGCUUUACCAAUCUGGUGCAAGAAUUCAUGAAGAGGUACAGAAAGGUUGCUGCUAGUGUCAGGGAGGACGCUAUGACAUAUUCAAGAUUCUUGGCUGAGCAGGCUGCUCUUGCUGCGGCUCCUGUUGACGGCACUGCCACUGCACCGGUAGACGUUGAUGCUGCUGCACCCAUCGACGAGCAAGAUGCCCAGCCUCAAGUGAAUGGUGACCACAUGGAGGUGGACGCUGUUCCUGCCGAAGCGGACCCCACUGCUAUCCCUUCUACUGCGGACUCCGCCUUGCUUGCUCCCCCUUCCCUCGUCCCUACAGCCAGGUCUACCCCAGCUCCCGAGGCUGUCCCAGCUCCAGUGCCAGCUCCUCCUGCUGCCCCCACAUGGCAAGCGCACAACAUUGAUGUCGACACUAUCCAAAGACGUCUUGUCCGCCACAAAUACUUCCAGCCCAGUGAUUUUCUGGCUGAUAUCGCCAAGAUCGAGGAGAAUGCGUUCACUUUGAACGAUCCUGAAAGGCACGCCAAGAUGGUCGAGAUGGGUGCGAAUGCGAGGUUGCAUGUGAGCGGCUUUGACUCGAAAUGGACGCCAGAGUUUGAGAGGUAUGCGGAGAGGAUGCAAGAGAAGAAGAGGGAGAGGCAAAGGAGAAAAGAGGAGUUGGAGAAAGAAAAGGCAAAGGAGAAGGAGGUCGAAAGCGAGGUACAGGGAGAGACGGGUGAGGCUGGUCCCGCUGAGAUCGAAAGCUCGAGCUCGAAGCGCCCCAGAGAAGAGGACGACGAGAGCAAUGGUCGGGAGAAGAGGCCCCGCGAUGACGAGCCUAUCAUCGAUGAAGCUUCCACCUCUUCCCAGCCCGCUGUCGAGCCUUCCACGACCACAGCUCCAGUGCCCGAGCCCUUGCCCCGAGCUCCAACUCCACCCCCCUCGUACCCACGAUUCACCGUUUCCUCUCACGCCUUGGACCUGCUCCAGUCAGAGUUGGAGGCCGAGACAAAUUUCCUCUCGAUCGAUCAGCUCGAGCAGCUGCGCGCGACACUCUUUGACAAGGUGUGGGUUGACAGGAAAGAAUGGGACAGGACGGAGACGGUGGAAAAGAUGAGGAAGAAGUUGGGAGAGUACGUCAGGGAGGUUGAGAGGUGGCGGGAGAGAGGUGGAUGGGGCGAGUAA